AUGGAGAACCAAAGAGAGAAUGAAAUUGAAACAGAGAGUGAAAAUGAAAAGGAAAAAGAAGAGGGACAUGAAAAUAAAGUAGAGGAAGAGGCUGAAAAUGAAAAGUAUGAAGAAGAAGGGGGUGGUUCAUUCAGGAUGAACUCCAAUGGACAAGGGUCCAACUUCCAGCUAUUAGAGCAACUCCAACCGGCUCAACAAAAGGCAACUGUUAGCCAUUUUGCUGAGCCAGUCCAAAAAUUUUGGCUCCAACGGGCUCUCCAUUUCGCUCGCUACUCUGCCUCAUCCCAUUCUCACUCAUCAAUCCUGGCCAGCAAGCUUCUCUCUCGUCAGAGUUCUCUCCCCCAAUUUUGA